AUGGCAGAGUGGGAAAGUGUGGGAUUAAAUCAAGCCAGUGUGGGAGAGGGCAGGACUGGUCAAACCAGUGUGGGAGAGGGCGGGACUGGUCAAGCCAGCAUGGGAGCAGGUGAGAUUGGUCAAACCAGUGUGGGAAAGGGCAGGAUUGGUCAAACCAGUGUGGGAAAGGGCAGGAUCGGUCAAGCCAGUAUGGGAGAGGGUGGGAUUGGUCAAACCAGUAUGGGAACAGAUCACCCAGCUCUAUUUCUUAAUGUAGACGGUGUCUAUAAGGACAUCCUGUUGGAUCUGGAACGCACCAAUAACAGCAGUGGCGAGAUUCAGGAGUGGUGGAUCGUGGACCAGCCAUCUGCAGAGAAGAUCGACAUCAGAUCUAGAGCGAAGGCGGAGAGGAAAGGGGAGGCUGGACUGCAGCUGUAUGUCUUCAAUGAUAAAGUUAGUCCUCCCAGCCUGGGCUUCCUUGCUGGCUAUGGUAUCAUGGGUCUGUAUGCCUCCGUGGUGCUGGUCAUAGGCAAGUUCGUGCGCGAAUUCUUCAGUGGGAUCUCGCACUCUAUCAUGUUUGAGGAGCUGCCCUGUGUGGAUCGCAUCCUCAAACUGUGCACCGACAUCUUCCUGGUGCGAGAGACUGGAGAGCUCGAGCUAGAGGAAGACCUGUACGCCAAGCUCAUCUUCCUCUACCGCUCACCUGAGACUAUGAUCAAGUGGACCAGAGAGAAGACUAAAUGACCCACAAGAGUCUACAGGGAAUAAAAAGAAACGAGGCGCAAGAUGAAGGACGUGCCGGCAGAGGAGUCUGUCCACAUAAUCAGUGCGCUCACACGAUAAUGAAUAAGAAAAUGGCCUCCAAAUGUGGAGUCUUCAACAAUGUGACCUACAGGUUGAGCUAAACCGAACCUGAAAAGCUAAAGGACUGGGGGAAUAGAGCAGCUGCCAUAAACUUUAAUAAGCAGGGCUGAGCUGUGUUCUAGCGCCCCCUACCUGCUCAAACAGAAAUGAACUGGAUUGUGCAAUAUACUGUCCUGGUAGCUGUAAACACAAAAAUGACCGAGCAAGAAAAGGAAGACUUUGACUGAAAGAAGCUAGCCAUUUUUGACUCAAGAGAAAAUGAUGGGAAGUGCUUGGGUUCUUCAUUAUAAAAAAAAAAAAGUUAUAUGACAUACCGACAGGAUUCAUUACCGGUGUUUGGGAGAGUAUGGAAACCUGAUAACCAUGUUAUCAGGAGUGUCAUCUCAUCAUCAAAACAGGACUUAGUUUGGUUUAGCAUAUACGGCUACGAACAGCCACAGCAUCAAGAACUCUUCUGUCCUGCAGUUACAGAUGCUCUGUGUAGAGUAGAAUGGGAUUGUGGUUCACUGACAUGAGCAUAAAGCACAUUUUGGAAACCUG